CCCACUCCUUAUUUUUCAAUUUUCAGCUCCAAGAAAAAUUUGGAAAGCAUGGCGGCCGGAGAAGGAGGAGACGGCGGCGCCGCCGCCGCCGCAGGUGGUAUAAGCCGGUCUCUGCUACAUACCCCCACUUGGGCUGUUGCAACAGUGUGUUUUGUGUUCAUCUUCCUUGGCAUUUUUAUCGAACACCUUAUUCAUCUUGCCGGCCACUGGCUCAAGAAACAUAAGAAGGCUGCUAUGUAUGAAGCGACAGAGAAGCUGAAAUCAGUGUUGAUGCAAUUGGGAUUCAUGUCACUGAUACUAACAGUGACACAAAGAUGGUUGUCGAAAAUAUGCAUAUCGAAUAAGGUCGCAAAUUCGAUGCUGCCAUGCCGAAACCAACAAGUUACCAAGAGUAUCGUAGAGCAUCUACGGACCUCAUUCACCCGCAAUCCCGCACAUCAAUUCAAGGCCGUUGAUUUAUCUCAUCAUCAUCAAAGAUCACUUGCCGAUGACUCAGCAUCGAAUUCUCUCGAUCAUUGUGCCUCUAAGGGAAUGAGUUCAAUGAUGUCAGAAGAGGGAAUAAAUCAGCUCAACAUUUUCAUAUUUGUGAUGGCAGCCAUACAGAUUGUCUACAGUCUGGCUACUAUGGGUUUAGGAAGGGCCAAGAUGAGGAGAUGGAAAAUUUGGGAGAAGGAGACGCAAACUACAGAAUAUAUGGUAGCAAAUGAUCCCGAAAGAUUUCGAUAUACAAGGCAAACGACGUUCGGGAGGCGACAUUUGAGCACUUUCACUGCAAUUCCUGCUUACCUGUGGAUUAAAUGUUUUUUCAGGCAAUUCUUCAACUCGGUGGCCAAAAUCGACUACUUCACUCUACGCCAUGGAUUUAUUUCAGCUCAUUUAUCAACCAAUAAUUCAUUCAAUUUCCAAAAGUACAUACAACGAUCUCUCGAAGAUGAUUUCAAAUCUGUCGUCGGCAUAAGCCCACCGAUGUGGUUACUGGUUGUUGUAUUUCUGCUGGUUGAUGUACAUGGUUGGAAUGUGUAUCUUUGGGUUUCGUUUCUGCCGCUAAUUAUCGUUCUGUUCGUCGGGACGAAAUUGGAAGCAAUAGUAGCGAGAAUGGCAAUGCAGCUAACAAAUCAGAACACUGUAAUAAAAGGAGCACCUUUGGUACAACCCAACAAUAACUUCUUCUGGUUCGAACGACCCCAACUCGUCCUCAACCUUCUCCACUUCACUUUGUUUAUGAACGCGUUUGAGUUCUCGUUCUUCAUAUGGGUCACGUGGCAAUUUGGAAUCAGAUCCUGCUACCACGAAAACGUAGAGAUCAUCGUUAUCAGGGUGGUACUAGCGGUGAUGGUUCAAGUCCUCUGCAGUUAUAUCACUCUUCCCCUAUAUGCUCUUGUCACUCAGAUGGGGUCUCAAUACAAGAGCGCAAUAUUAGAAGAACAAACACUGGACACAAUAAAACAGUGGCAUGCAAAGGUGAAGCACAAGAGAAAGAAAGUGUCGUCUCCAUCUCCGUACUCGCAACAAUCUAUUACCGUUGAAGACGAUUCUUCAUCGUCGACGGUGCAGAUUAACUCCAGGGCUGCUUCCCCGGGUAUACCUUCCCACAGACGAGCAGUACCCUCUCUCACAGUCACAGAGUUUGCCUCAUCUGGGGAUGAUCACGAGAUCACCGAAGAAAAUGUCGAAAUUGUACCCUACGAUAGUGAUCAUCAUCGAGAUCAAAACGUAUAGGCGUAUAUAUAAUUAUACUUGAUCAUAUAUUUAUAUUCAAUUGUGUGUUUAUAUUUUUUUAUAGUUAAAAAGUAGAAAUAUAUGUAUGAAAUUGAUAAUUAACAAGUACGUUAUAUUACUUGAGUCUAGUUGUUUUUUUUUCUUGAGACUAAUGUAAGAUCCACAUAUAUGUAAUCAGAAUUCAAAAGUUUUCUUAA